AUGUCUGAAUAUGGAUUGGACUUCUUAGAAUUAUCAGAUAUAGGAAAUUCUCUAAAGGAUUUACCUUCGAGCAAAAUAUAUAAAAAAUUUAAUGACAAUAAUAAUACUGACAACUCUGAUGGUAACUGUGCAGGUGUGAAAUCUUAUAACGGCAAUGAUGAGGUUAAAAAUCUUUGUAAAAAAUUUGAAAAGAAUUCUAAAGAAUUAGGUACAUUAGUGGUAAAUAAUGUAAAUCUAGGUGCUCGUUGUUCUUAUUUAACUUAUUGGAUAUAUGACGAAAUUAGGAAAAAAUUAAAUAACAUCUCUUAUGAGAAUGAUCGAAAGUCAAUUAUUAAGGAAUUCAAUGAAGCUUCUUCUAACAUUUUUAGUUCAUUAAUGCAUUCAAUUCAUGGUUGCCGUAUAAAUAUUGAAGGUAACUUCGACGAGUUGAGGGAUGAAAAAAUUUUAUAUGAUUAUUUCCAAAAUUGUGAUAGUAUUGUUGAAAAUGCUAAGAAAAAGGACAAAAACGGAUGCACAGAUUAUUAUACGUACCUUAAUAGUAUUAAAGAAUUAUAUAAGAAAAAAAAGGAAGAGGAAUACUGUUGUUCUUCUAACUUUUUAGUCUGUGAAGAUUAUUUUAAAUGUGAAGAUAAAUACGAUCCUGAUGUUAUCCUGUCUAAAUUAAAAUGCAAUGGUAAUCAGUCCACCGAAGAAGCUGCCGAAAUUCCCGCAUUGCCAAAUGAAGCUGAAUCUGAAACUUCCAAUCUAGUGAAUAGACUAGGAUACAAUAAUUUGGUAUGUAAUUAUGUAGAAAGAGACGAAAAUGAUAGUAGUGGAGUUGCAAGAUGUGCUGUAUACCCAUCAUCCCCGAAUUCCUUUCGAAGUUCUUAUUAUCCCGAUGUAAGUCAAGGAAAUUAUGAUAGUUCCCCAAUAGACACAGAAGAGGAAGAAGGAGAAGAAUCUGAUGCAGAAGUGGAUAAUGAAGAACCUAAAACGGAAGUAGCAGUUACUAUCCAAAAAAACGAUAAAGAACCAAAAAUAUGUCCUACUGGAGAAAUAGCAAUGGGUCUCAAUGGAGAAUGUGUAGAACCAGAUGUGCGCUUUGGUACUGCUGUUGGAAAAAAGUGGGAAGGCAGGUAUCCCACACAGGCCGAAAUAGAAGAGAUUAGAAGUUUUAGUCUUAAGAAUUUAUUUGGUAUUGAUGAUACCAUGGUAAAGAAGAACACGUUCCGCUUUGCCACGGGUGGUGCUUUAUCAAUGGGAGUGCUGAUGACCCUGUUCGUCUAUUAUAAAGUAAUUAGGAGAUUCGAUUUAAAAAAUUUAUAUAGCUUUUUUCCUACCAGUAUUUCACGAAAAAAACACUUUAAUGGACAUGGUGGGAUGGCUAUGCAUCAUUUCGGACAAGGUAUACCGGGGGAAGCUAUACCAGGACCGGGAAGUGCUAACGCUGAAAAUAGGCGGUUACGCGUGGCUUAUCAUUCCAUUUGAGGAUGUGUUGCACAGUUUGACGUGA